AGUGAGUUUAAGCAAAGAGCAGUUCGCCCGAGCCUUCCCCUACCACCUAAUGUUUGACCACAAGCUACGCCUUCGACAGUUCGGCAGUAGUAUCGCCAGAAUCUCCCCCGUGCCGCUCCACGAAGGACUCCUGAUGACGUCAGCCUUCCGGAUUGUCUACCCAAGGAUCUCGUUCACUGUUGAGACAAUCCGUAGCUUCAUCAACGCCAUUUUCAUCAUCGCGUUAGACCCUGGGGGAGGGGAGAGCACUGAUGAACAAGCGUUCAGCGUAAAGGGUCAGAUGAUGUGGCUUGCAGAAUCUGAUCUCAUGAUUUUCAUUGGCUCUCCUCGCCUGACGUCAUUGAAGGCCAUGAAGCGUUUGAAUGUGUACAUGGCAGACAUCCCACUGUAUGACGUCACCAGGGAGAUGGUGCUGCUCUAUCAACAAAGAAACGCCGAGAUCGACAUCACGCGCAAACUGGACGAAACGACAGCAGAGCUGAAAAGAACCUCUCGUAUGUUAGAGCUGGAGAAACAGAAGACUGACCGCCUCUUGUAUCAGAUGUUGCCGGAGAAAGUGGCUAACCAGCUCAAGAACGGACAGAAGGUGGAAGCCGAGAAGUAUGAUCGAGUGACAGUUCUGUUCAGUGACAUAGUGACGUUCACGAACAUUGCUGCAGCCUGCUCGCCACUGGAGGUCGUCAACAUGCUCAAUGAUCUCUACAACUGCUUUGACCGCCUCACAAACACGCACGGUGUCUAUAAAGUGGAGACAAUCGGGGACGCGUACAUGGUGGUGAGCGGUGUCCCGGACGCGACAGAACUGCACGCGCAGAGAGUGGCCAACUUCUCCCUGGCUAUCGUGGAACAGGCCAAGUGUGUGACGUCACCAGCUACAGGGAAACCACUACAGAUCCGCGUCGGAAUACACACAGGUCCUGUUGUGGCAGGCGUUGUGGGUCUCAAAAUGCCUCGCUACUGUCUCUUCGGUGACACAGUUAACACCGCCUCUCGCAUGGAGAGUCACGGGGUGCCCGGUCGAAUCCACGUCAGUGCGGCCACCUUCAAAUGGCUGGAGGGUCACGGGUACAUGUUCCGAGCUCGACCUGAAGUGAACAUCAAGGGGAAGGGCAUAAUGCAGACAUAUUUCUUAGUGGCCAGCAAACAACAGAAGAUCUCAGAACCCAGGGACCAGUUUUUUCUGGAGCCCUACGCCACACCAUCAGGCGGGUUCCAUGGAACAGGUUUCUGUUUUUUCUUCUCUUCCUUUAAUCUGUCUAUCCUUCUCUCUAUUAGAUCUAUAUUUCUUGUUAAUCUCAAUGUGUGAGUAUUUGUGUGUGUGUGUGUGUG